CACACACUGAUAAACUUCUAUGGUAUGUCAUGAUGAAGGCUUGAUGUUUCUCAAUUCAGAAAUGAAACUAGUUCAACAGAUGAGUCUCCUCCCAAUGACUGCAGAGGUGUUUGAUGACAGAGAACUGUUUGAUUCCAGCUGUGAACAUCAGACCAAACUCUACUCACAAAACUGAAUCAUACUGAACAUUCAGUUACAGCAUCUCACCUCUACAAACAUGGAACAACUUACUGUUAUUUUGUUCUUCUCAGCUCUCAUAGAUUUCAGCUAUGAAGAGCUCACUCCAGUUAAGAAUGAAGAGUUCAGUUCAGAAGGCAGAACUGUUACUCUGUCAUACAGUUACCCUGAACUGUCAACUAGUGAUUAUUUCUUCUGGUAUCGACAACAUCCAGGAAAACAACCACAGCUCCUUGUUGGUCACGGAGCUUCAGGAACGAUAGGAAAUGCACUUAGAUCAGGAUUAAAGAUUUCAGUGGAGCAAAAAGAAAUCAACAUGAACAUCUCCUCUGUUGCACUGACUGACUCUGCUGUGUACUACUGUGCUCUGAGGCCCACAGUGACAGGAAACACCACAACUCUGUACAAAAACCUCUGGAGAGAAGACAACACAAUACUCCUGCAGAGGAGCCUGAUGACAGAGAUCUCUUUAAAUCAAGCUGUGAACAUCAGACCAAACAGCUCACCAAACUUACUCAUACUUGUUCUUCACUUACAGCGUCUCAUCUCUACAAACAUGGAACAACUCACUAUUAUCUUCAUUUUAACUCUCCUGGGUAACACCUUGGAGGAUGAUAUUACUGCCAGCAGUGCUGAAGUGUUUUCAUCAGAGGGUCACAGUGUUACUCUGUCCUGUAAAUACUCAGUUAAAGCUGAUAAUCUCCAGUGGUAUCAACAAGAUCCUGGAUCAGCUCCUCAGUUCCUUCUCCUGAUCAGCGACACUUCAGAUCCAACUGUAGUGACAGCAAAACCUCCACACCCUCGACUGACUGUGAAACUGAAUGAGGAGAGAAACCGUGUGGAUCUACAGAUCUCCUCUGCUGCACUGACUGACUCUGCUGUGUACUACUGUGCUCUGAGGCCCACAGUGACAGGAAACACCACAACUCUGUACAAAAACCUCUGGAGAGAAGACAACACAAUACUCCACAACAUCCACUAG